AUGAAGUCUGAGGAGACGCGGGGCCUUGAAGCCCCGGCCCCCGCCGGCCUGGCGAUGGCCGGAGCCCGCAGCGGUGUGUCGUCGUCGGCCGCGGCGCGCGUGGCGCUCAUGGCUAGGACGCGGAGGAAGAAGGCGGACAGCGGGUGCGGAGAACAAGGUGUGAAAGCGGGGCGUGGCGUCGAGACGGCGGCCAGGAAGCGGCGGCUGUUGACGUGGGAGGAACUGCCGCUGUGGCAACGGCAGCAAGGGGGCAAUCUCAUCUUCACGGGGUACAGGCAAGCCCCAGGGACGGUUAGGGACUGCCUGGUGAGCUGGUUCUAUCUGCACAACGAAAGCGUCAACAUCCACUCCCACACCCUCGGCUCCCUCCUCUUCCUCCUCCUCCCCCUCUACAUCUUUUCCCCGUCCCAGAUCCCCCCGCGAUACGCGGCCGCCACGCCGGGCGAGGCGGCCGCGUGCGGCGUCUACUUUGCCGGCGUGGCCGUCUGCUUCGCCCUCUCGGCCGCCUUCCACACUUUCAUCCCGCACGGCCUCGCCGCCUUCCGCCUCGGCCUGAAGCUCGACGUGCAGGGCUGCCUGCUGCUCAUGUGGGGCAGCACCGUGCCGCUGAUCUACUACUCGUUCCCGCCCCCGCCGCUCUGCGGCAACCACCACCACCACCACCACUACCACCACGAUGACGGCAACGCGGCGAGGCGGACAGUUUAUCACAUGGCUACGGCGGUCCUGGCGCUGGCGUGCAGCGCGGCAAUGUUCGCGCGGCCGCUCGACGGCGCCCGGGGCGCGGCGCCGCGCGCGCUGCUGCUCGCCGCCUUUGGCCUGGCGUCCUUUGUCGCGCCCGUGGUGCACGGCGCCGCGCUGAGCCCCGGAGGGCUGGCCGAGCAGGCGCGCCGGGUCGGGCUGCGGUGGGUCGCGGUGACGGCCGGCUGCAACGUCGCGGCGCUGGCUGUGUACAUCUACAAGGUUCCUGAGAGGUGGUAUCCUCGCCGCUUCGACAUCUUUGGCCAUAGUCACCAGCUGAUGCACAUUCUUAUUGUCUGCUCCGCGCUGGCUUAUGCCAUGGCCGUGGUGGAAUCGUUUGAUGCGCGGCACGCAGGAGGGGGUUGCUGA